CGAGCAUGAAUCUAACCGUUACGGCCGACCAGUUUACUGCUCUAGCACUGGCUAGUCUAAUAAUUACCAUAUAUAGAUGUAUAUAUAUAUAAGUAUGCGCAUUGGACAGGAUCAAUGGCUCUCCGUGAACUUGCUGAGCACAACAAACAAUACAUCUUAUCAUUUAUUGAUCAUCGCUUCGACAAUCAACUAAAAUAUCAAAUACGACUAAACAACAUAUAAAAAAUGGCCAGCGCAACUCCCUGGACAAUCCUUAUCACCGGCGCGACUGGAAAGCAAGGCUCCGCUGUAAUUGAUGCCCUCCUCGCCGAAAAUAACCACAAUCAUGACAAUAACAAGCCAUUGAACAUCAUUGCCGUCACGCGCGACACUGCCUCCCACAGCGCGCAGGCCCUGGCACGCAGACCUAACGUAUCCGUUAUCGCAGGUGACCUGGCUGAUCCGGAUGCAAUCUUUGACCAGGCCACUCUCAAUGGCAAUGCAGUGUGGGGUGUUUUCGGGGUCCAGGUCAACUCUGCAGAGGAAGAAAAGCAGGGUAAAGCUUUGGUCACAGCCUCUGUCGCCCGUGGCGUUCGGCACUUUGUCUACGCCUCUGGCGAUCGCGGCGGCCCCGAGAAAUCGGAGUUAGAUCCCACUUUCGUCAAGAACUUCGCUGCCAAGUUCAGCAUUGAGAAGCAUCUGCAGAAAAUGACUGCUGCUAGUCCGCAGGCCAUGACCUACUCGAUUCUCAGACCCGUCACUUUUUUCGAGAAUAUGACGGCCGAUAUCCACGGAAAGGGGUUUGCGCGGAUGUGGGAGCAGAUGGGCCCAAAUAAAGCUCUGCAACUCGUUUCCACGAAAGACAUCGGCUAUGUUGCCGCUCAGGCAUUUACCCAUCCUGGGAAAUAUCGCAAUGUGGCGAUGACUUUAGUCGGGGAUGAGCUGACCCAGUCAGAAGCAGAGGUUAUUUUUCAGGAGGUAGUGGGUUCCAGCAUGCCCAUGGCGCCGUGUCCAAUCGGUUCUGCCGUGAAGUUCUUUAAGAAAGAUACUGUGGGAGACAUGUUUCGGUGGUUUGAAGAGAACGGGUACGGUGGAGAUGUAGUUCAGUGCAGAAAGGAAUUUCCGGGGUUGAUGGAUUAUCGAACUUGGUUGGUCGAGCAGAGCCCAUUUGUCCAGAGACCAUCGAAGUGAAAUCCGUCGCAAACCUUGUAGUUUCUAGGAACAACUCAUAAUACUCAAAUUGAAAAAGAUGAUGAAUAUAUCGGCAAUAGAAAUUGAGGUAUAUACAUG